GAGAGAGAGAGAGAGAGAGAGAGAGAGAGAGAGAGAGAGAGAGAGAGAGAGAGAGAGAGAGAGAGAGAGAGAGAGAGAGAGAGAGAGAGAGAGAGAGAGAGAGAGAGAGAGAGAGAGAGAGAGAGAGAGAGAGAGAGAGAGAGAGAGAGAGAGAGAGAGAGAGAGAGAGAGAGAGAGAGAGAGAGAGAGAGAGAGAGAGAGAGAGAGAGAGAGAGAGAGAGAGAGAGAGAGAGAGAGAGAGAGAGAGAGAGAGAGAGAGAGAGAGAGAGAGAGAGAGAGAGAGAGAGAGAGAGAGAGAGAGAGAGAGAGAGAGAGAGAGAGAGAGAGAGAGAGAGAGAGAGAGAGAGAGAGAGAGAGAGAGAGAGAGAGAGAGAGAGAGAGAGAGAGAGAGAGAGAGAGAGAGAGAGAGAGAGAGAGAGAGAGAGAGAGAGAGAGAGAGAGAGAGAGAGAGAGAGAGAGAGAGAGAGAGAGAGAGAGAGAGAGAGAGAGAGAGAGAGAGAGAGAGAGAGAGAGAGAGAGAGAGAGAGAGAGAGAGAGAGAGAGAGAGAGAGAGAGAGAGAGAGAGAGAGAGAGAGAGAGAGAGAGAGAGAGAGAGAGAGAGAGAGAGAGAGAGAGAGAGAGAGAGAGAGAGAGAGAGAGAGAGAGAGAGAGAGAGAGAGAGAGAGAGAGAGAGAGAGAGAGAGAGAGAGAGAGAGAGAGAGAGAGAGAGAGAGAGAGAGAGAGAGAGAGAGAGAGAGAGAGAGAGAGAGAGAGAGAGAGAGAGAGAGAGAGAGAGAGAGAGAGAGAGAGAGAGAGAGAGAGAGAGAGAGAGAGAGAGAGAGAGAGAGAGAGAGAGAGAGAGAGAGAGAGAGAGAGAGAGAGAGAGAGAGAGAGAGAGAGAGAGAGAGAGAGAGAGAGAGAGAGAGAGAGAGAGAGAGAGAGGAUGAUCAGAUGUCAAAGGUGUCUGGCGUCCAGCUUCUCUCGGCGACAGAUUGUGCGUGUCAUACCUCACCAUGCCCCGGGGCCUCGACUCAAGAUGCCCAGCUGAUUGGAGAUGUCCAUCAGCUAAGUGCGCAGAUAAAGAGGUAA